GGCCCAAACAAUACGGAUGAUGUAUGAAAUCAUUGGGCAGGAGCUCAAAUCCAAGGGGCUUAAAGAUGCACACCCCACUCAUUAUCUUAAUUUUUAUUGUCUUGUCAAUCGAGAAUUAUUACCUAAGGGCAGCUCUCAACCAACACAAGCGACACAAUCUCAAAAAUAUCGGCGGUUCAUGAUUUAUGUUCACUCAAAGGGUAUGAUAGUUGAUGAUGAAUAUGUAAUCUUAGGGUCUGCCAACAUCAACCAAAGAUCACUAGAUGGCUCCAGGGAUACUGAAAUAGCUAUGGGUGCUUAUCAACCAAAUCAUACAUGGACUCACAAAAAGCAGCAUCCACAUGGUCAGGUAUACGGGUACAGGAAGUCACUCUGGAGUGAGCAUCUUGGGAAGUUUGAUCCUAGCUUGGAGGAACCUGAGGAGUUGAAAUGUGUGCAAUCUGUGAAUUCGAUAGCUGAUGAGAACUGGUCAUUAUAUACUGUUGAUGAAGUUGUUCCAUUGAAGUCACACAUUGUGAAGUACCCAAUUUCGGUGAAGGAUAAUGGUGAGGUUGAACCUCUUCCUGGCUGGGACUUAUUCCCUGAUGUUGGUGGCAAAGUUCUACAGCAGCCUUCCUCCUUUUCUACUUCCCUUCCUUCCGAAUUAACAACAAUGAGAAGAUACCAUGAAUGGUAGCUUGUAUUCCUGUUGUGCAGCGUUUGGUGGAUCAGAUCAUGGGCUGAAAUCACACAAAUUGCAUGAUAAGGUAUGUAUAAACACAUUUUUUUUUAGAAUAAUUUUUUGUUCUAUUUUAUCUUUUGCUAUUGAAAUUGAAACAACUGACGACCUAUUUGUUCACACGAUUUGAAUAAAUAUUUUUGUCUCUAGAUAUAACAAAUCUCAUUGUUACAUAUCCUAUGGCUUUCACUCAAUGGCUUCAGUGAAAACAUAUUUAUUCUUUUAUUCAAAAUGCUCA